AUGAAAACUUUUCUCGUUUUCUCUCUUCUUUUCGUAACCAUUCUAGCUUCUCCAUAUUUAUCAUUUGCCAAGAAAACUCCGCCAACAAAACCACCGCCGCCUCCGCCUUCAGAAGAACCAUCAACACCUGCCCCAGAACCACCAAGUGAGGCGCCUUCAACCGAACCACCAUCUUCAUCAGCUGAUCCAGAAGAGCCCUCUUCUGACGCUCCAGAAAUAAUUGAAUUGGCGAAAAAGACUCCACCGCCACAAGCUUCUUCAUCUCCAGAACCUGAAGAAUCUUCGUCACCAAGUUAUUGA